AUGGCCGAUCAUCUUCCUCUCUCGUCUCAAUCUGACGAAACUCACGGUGAUGUCUCUUCUCAAUCUACCAUCUCUCCCUCCCUCAAAUUCGUCAUCUCUAACCUCAAAACGCUUGUUCCGCACCAACUCUCCACAGACAAUUACCCCAUAUGGCGAAGUCAGAUCUUAAAAUUACUUCGCGCAAAUGGGUUCGCUACUUUUCUUGAGUCUGCUCCUCUCUCCGAGCACGAACAAAUCACUGAUCGGAAUCUCGCUGCGGCAAUCUGCUCAACGAUUUCAUCGUCGGUGCUACCCUACAUCAUUCAUCUUGAUCUCACGUUGGAAAUCUGGAAAGUUCUUGAAACAAGGUUUCAAUCUUCAUGCCGCUCCAAGGUCAUCCAGCUCAAGAACGAGCUGCACAAUUUCUCGAUGAAAACUAUCUCCAUGACGCAAUAUCUGACUGAAAUCAAGAAGAUCGUCGAUCAAAUUGCUUCUACCGGAUGCAUUGUGGGCGCUGAGGACAUUAUCCUCUAUAUCGUAAACGGCCUCCCACCGCUGUAUCAACCAUUCAAAACUUCGAUCCGGACAAUGCUGACCUCGAUCAGCCUUGAUAAUCUUUACGCGCUCUUAAUCAGCGAAGAAAUUCAUUUACAGAAUGAAGCGGCUCAUCUUCCUACUCCGGCGGAUCCUAAUAUGGCCCUGUAUACGCGUAGAGGUCGUGGCCGCAGAAACUCAGCCGACAAUCUCAAAAUUCAAAUCCUAACAUUCGCACUACUCAACAAAAUUCUGUUUCUUGCCAAAUAUGCAACAAACGUGGACAUACGGCUGAUGUCUGCUGGCACAGACUGA